CCCUAUCCAACAGUCAAAAGUCAAAACCUCCCUCCAUAAUCCAAAAAUCCUAAUCAGAAAAGGUUCAAUACCCUCCAAAUCAUAAACCCUAGCAGUCUCGCCAAACUCAAUUUCAAGUAAAUUUCAACGAAACAAAGCUUUUAGUAAUCAGAAACCCUAAAUUGAAUCGUCCCCGAAAAGCUCGUGAAGAUGGGGAAGAAACAGCACAGCAAAGAUCGGAUGUUCAUAACGAAGACGGAGUGGGCCACCGAGUGGGGCGGCGCUAAAUCCAAAGAAAACCGCACCCCUUUCAAACGCCUCCCCUUCUAUUGCUGCGCUCUUACAUUUACGCCGUUUGAGGCUCCGGUAUGCACGAAGGAUGGCAGUAUCUUCGAAAUAAUGAAUAUAAUUCCUUAUAUUAGGAAGUACGGGAAGAACCCGGUAACCGGGGCUCCAUUGAAGCAAGAGGAACUUAUCCCUCUUACUUUCCACAAGAAUUCUGAAGGAGAGUAUCAUUGCCCUGUGCUGAACAAAGUUUUCACUGAGUACACACACAUAGUUGCUGUGAAGACUACAGGAAAUGUGUUCUGUUAUGAGGCAAUUAAAGAAUUAAACAUCAAGACCAAAAACUGGAAAGAGCUUCUUACAGAUGAGCCUUUCACUAAGGAAGAUAUUAUUACAAUUCAGAAUCCUAACGUACUUGACAGCAAGGUUACCCUGGAUUUUGAUCAUGUCAAAAAUUGUUUGAAGGUUGAUGAUGAAGAACUAAAGAAAAUGGGUUCAGAUCCAACUUAUAACAUAAAUGUUGCUGGGGACAUCAAGCAGAUGCUGGCAGAGCUUGGAACUGAGAAAGCAAGGGAAACUGCUCUGCUUGGUGGGGGUGGCAGUAAGGCUCAAAAUGAGAGGGCUGCUGCUCUUGCUGCCAUUUUAGCUGCAAGGUCUCGCAUCAAAGAGGAUUCAAAGUUGGAUGCUAAUGGGGAGAGUAAAACUCAACCUGCAUAUAGUAUUGUAGAUGCUGCGUCUGCUUCAGUACAUGGAAGAAGUGCUGCUGCAGCAAAAGCCGCAUCAAGUGAUAAAACUGCUGCUCGGAUUGCUAUGCAUAUGGCCGGAGAGAGGGCACCUGUGAAUGCUAAGCUGGUGAAGAGCCGUUUUACUACUGGUGCUGCUUCACGAUCCUUUACAUCUACCUCUUAUGACCCUGUCACCAAAAAUGAAUUUGAAUACGUUCAAGUUGAGAAAAAUCCGAAAAAGAAAGGUUAUGUUCAGUUGCAUACGACACAUGGCGAUUUGAACAUUGAGCUGCACUGUGAUAUAACUCCGAGGACAUGUGAGAACUUCAUCACUCUUUGUGAACGUGGUUAUUACAAUGGAGUGGCCUUCCAUAGAAACAUUCGAAAUUUUAUGAUUCAAGGUGGUGAUCCAACUGGUACUGGGAGAGGAGGUGAAUCAAUAUGGGGAAAGCCUUUUAAAGAUGAAGUGAACUCGAAGUUGCUUCACUCAGGAAGAGGUGUAGUUAGUAUGGCAAACAGUGGCCCCCACACAAAUGGUUCCCAGUUUUUCAUCCUAUACAAGUCUGCAAAUCAUUUAAACUUCAAACAUACAGUUUUUGGUGGAGUUGUUGGUGGCUUGACCACACUAUCAGCUAUGGAGAAGGUUCCUGUAGAUGACAAUGACCAACCUCUGGAGGAGAUUAAAAUAAUUAGUGUCACAGUAUUUGUCAAUCCAUACAUGGAGCCUGAUGAAGAAGAGGAAGAGAAGGGCAGAGGUGAAAAGAAAGUUGAGGAUGAAGAAAAUGAUAAGGUUGGGUCUUGGUAUAGCAAUCCAGGUACAGGAACAGCAGAAUCUGGAGCUGUGGGUGGGGGUGGUGUUGGAAAGUACUUAAAAGCAAGGAAUACUCCAAGUGAGUCUGCUAAUGUUGAUACCAGUCUAACAGCAAUUCCUGUAACAAAGAAAAGAAAAGUCACGGCAGGAGAAUUUAAAGAUUUUUCUGCUUGGUGAGAGUUUCCUAAUGCUGCUCUGAAAAAUGAUACGAAAUGUGCUGUGGAGCUUGGAAGCAAGGAAUGCUCAACUUUGAACUUGCCAUUUAUUAAUGAUCUGGAAAAAUCACUUUAACAAAGAAUAUGGGAGUGAAGGGUUCAAGGGGCACUGGGCAGAUUCAAAUUCUUUUCUACUUGGUAAGGAUUUUGCUUCAGCUUGUAACCAUACUUCUAGACGGUGGAUAUGCUGAUGGAGGUAGUGUAAGUCGGCAUUGUAAAAUACAUCUCCCAGAUGGUGAAAAGAAGAGGAAUAAAGAACCAAUAUUAUUCCUUUGCAUUUGUAUUUUAGGCUGUGUAAAACAAGUUGUACCAGAUCACAAUUUUUUUUUUUUUGGUUCUUGUAAGAUUACAUUUUCAUUGCUGUUAUUGAAUUACAAGAUAUAUAUUUUGUUCAAACUCUCUUUCCUUGAACUGUG